AUGUCAAAUAGGGAGAUUAAGAGAAUUUUGGAAAAGACGGUCAACUCUUCUAGAAAGGAUUGGGCCAUUAAACAUGAUUAUGCUUUAUGGGCCUAUCAGACCGCAUAUAAGACUCCUAUUGGCAUGUCUCUUUUCCGUUUAUGCUAUGAAAAGAAUUGUCACCUUCCAGUCGAGCUUGAGCACAAAGCUAUGUGGGCUAUCAAAUUUUUGAAUUUUGACUUGGAAGCAAGUGGUGAGAAGCAGAAGCUUGAUCUUUGUGAGUUGGAGGAGAUUCGGGAAGAGGCAUACGAAAGUGCCAAAUUGUUUAAGGAGAAGACCAAGGUGAUACAUGACCGACACUUGGUGAAGAAGACAUUUCUUCCCAAGCAAAAAGUUCUCCUAUACAAUUCUAGGCUCAAGUUAUUUCUUGGGAAGUUGAGGUCUAGGUGGAGCGGUCCUUUUGAAAUAGUUGAAGUUUUCCCACAUGGCGCUAUAGCAAUCAAGAAUCUAAAUGGUGGAGAACUCUUCAAGGUAAAUGGGCACCGAUUGAAGCCCUAUAUGGACUCUACCGUUGACACUGAAGAGGAGGUGAUCAUCCUCCAAGAUGUUCCUUGA